AAUUAUUAUACAUGCACAAGACAACCUCAUCAUUAUACAUGAAAUAUACGUAAAAUUCUCUCUCUAAAACAGAAUAAAAGAAUCAGGCCAGCAGCUGUUUGUUGGGGGAGUACUCCCAUAAACCACUACCAGAAUCCACCAAUUCCUGUGAUCAAAUUUGUUACAAAACCCUAAACUUUCUGCUUUUUUUAAUCUUCUUAGUCCUUGCACAAACACUCUCUCACCAUCCCCUAUUUUCUUUCAUUUCUGGCAUUUUUCCUUAAUUGGGUUGUAUUUAUAGUCUUUAUUAUCGUAUAUAUUCGUAUAAGCGAGCGGAUGAAGUGAUAAAAUUUCAGAUAUAUUUUACCUAAAUCGGAAGAGCCUCAGCAAAUUGUUUUUGAUAUAUCCAUCAAGAUUUGAGUUUUUUGAGGAAUUGAGCAAAGGGUCUGUGUUUUGAUUCAUCUGUUUUUAAUCCCUUCAAUAAAUUUUGAAUCUUUGUUGCAUCUGGGCUUUGAUUCAAUGGCAACUGGUCCUGAGGUGCUUGUUGAGCCAACAAUGGUGGAGUCACCUGUUCUUGAGAAUUUUUCUGCAUCAGCAAACGCCGAUGCUGCUUCCAGCAUAGUUUCUGAUGCUGGUUCUGACGUCAGCAUCAAUGUGAAAUCGGAGUCUCCGAUGAACGGGGAUAAGGACUCUGGUUCAGAUUCGAACUCGAAAUCCGAGUAUCAAAUGCAGGAUAUAAUUGUGGAUAUGUUUAAGACUUUGAAGCUGAACCCCAUGGCAAAAGAGUUUUUCCCUUCUUCAUAUAUCCGCGAGGAUGGGAUCAGCAAUUUUAUGACAGCUAAUAAGACUUUUGUGACUGAUGCUUUGCGAAGUAACAGAAGGAGAGGAAACAGCUAUAAUCAGGGAAGGAACAACAGAAUAAACAAUAGAGCUUCUAAAGCUCAAAGAGAAGAUAGCAUUAGGCGAACUGUCUAUGUUUCUGACAUUGAUCACAAUGUCACAGAAGAGCAGCUUGCUGGCUUAUUUAGUGCGUAUGGGCAAGUUGUUGACUGUCGAGUUUGUGGUGAUCCACACUCUCAUCUGCGCUUUGCUUUUGUGGAAUUUGCUGAUGAAUACUCUGCCAGAGCAUCUCUUUCCCUCACUGGUACCAUACUAGGGUUUUCCCAGCUGAAGGUCCUACCUUCCAAAACGGCUAUCCUUCCUGUCAAUCCCACAUUUCUUCCCAGGUCCGAAGAUGAACGAGAGAUGUGUGCGAGGACAGUAUACUGUACAAAUAUAGAUAAGAAGGUAUCUCAAGCUGAUGUCAAGAUUUUUUUUGAAACAAGAUGUGGUGAGGUUUCUCGUCUGAGGCUUCUGGGUGAUCAAGUGCAUUCAACCCGUAUAGCUUUUGUUGAGUUUGUCAUGGCUGAGAGUGCAAUUAUGGCAUUGGACUGUUGUGGUGAGGUGCUGGGGUCACAGCGUAUCAGGGUUAGUCCUUCAAAGACACCCGUGAGACCUCGAGUUGCUCGGGCUGGUAUGCAUUAGACCAUCCAUGGUGCCCCCCAAGGUCUUGAAGGCUUUUUGCACAAAGGACUCUUUGGAAGAGAUAGAUUUUCGUUUUGCUAUGAAAGUUGAAACAGAACUUUUUGUUUCAGUAAUUUUCAUCUUUGUUUCUGGUAACCUUAUUUAUCUCUUUCUUCUACAUUCUACUGAUGAAUUGCCAAGUUUUUUUUUCUUUUUGUAGCUGAAGUUUACAAUCAGUAAUUGCUGUGCUGUUAAAAAUGUAUUGGCAACCAGCAAUGAUUUGAUGUUUUUCGGCUUUACUUCCCUAAGUUUUCUAUUCUAUUCUUUUCGCCAUGCUAUAAAUGUUAUGGUUGUUCAUUGGAAAGUUUCCAAGUCUAUUAGCUUUAAUUGUUUUCAGUGCCCCUUGAGUUGUAACUGACUCUUGUGGAAGCUUGUGAAUCCCUUAUUACAAUUUACAUUCAUUAAUAGUACUACCCGUUCCAUAUGGGAUGUCUUAUAUGACUCGGUUAAUU